UCGCAAACACACUUUGGUUUCAGAAAUAAGAUUUACAAAGACAGAAUGCGCGGGAUUUGUAUGUUUUGGACCCUUGCCCUGUGUAUUGCUGAGGUCAGAGGUCAUGGGAGGUUGUUGGAGCCCCCAUCACGUGCCAGUAUGUGGAGACUUGGGUUCGACUCCCCAAAAAACUACAACGACAAUCAACUGUUCUGUGGAGGCUUUUACCGCCAGUGGUCUUUAAACGGUGGGAAGUGUGGUGUUUGUGGAGACCCUUGGAAUGGACCACGUGAACAUGAGGCUGGAGGAAAAUAUGCCACCGGAAAGAUUACUAGAAGCUAUACAGAGGGAGCCACUAUCGACAUUGAGAUUCAGGUUACUGCAUCACAUCACGGAUUCUUUGAGUUCAGACUGUGUCCGAAUAACGACCCUACUAAAGCUGUCACCCAGGAGUGUCUGGACCGGUAUUUGCUGCACCAACAGGACGGCAAAACUAGGGUCAUUGAGGUUGGGCGUGCGCAGAUGUACCGGACACAACUAGUACUUCCAGACGGGGUCACCUGCUCACAGUGUCUCCUCCAAUGGAAAUGGAACACAGGAAACUCGUACGGAUGUGACAAAAGACGUUGCUGUAAGGGAUGUGGUCCACAGGAACAGUUCUACGGCUGUUCUGAUAUCAGUAUUGCGGCCAAAUCAUCUCAAAGUAGCAGCGAGAAUACGGACGAGAGUCAAAACGAAAGUGCUUUAACAAAUGGAGGCCUAGGUGAGAUUUCCGGGGGUCAGGCACAUCAGUCAAACCCCCACUACAGUGGUCAGAUAGCACCAAAUCAAUUCGUAGGGGGUCAUCAACAUAAUCCGUCAUCACUUCAGGCUAUUCACGGGUUUCUGCCGAUAAAUGUGGCCCAUUCUCAGUUACACCGACCCAACGGACAAGUAGCCAGUCAUCAUAUGCAACAGUCAAACUCAGGUCCUGUUUCCCAGGGCCAAUCAAGCAUUCCUCAACAGUCAAACCCAGGUCCUGUAUCCCAAGGCCAAGCUAGCAUUCCUCAAUUGCCACAGGGUGGCCAAUCACACUUUGUCCCAAUACACCAGGGUCCCGCGCUCACUCCUAUUCAAGGUUCAGCACACAAACCUCAGCAUUUAGUCCACGGAUUCUUGCCAAUAAAUGUCGGAGUUCAGCACGUCAAUGGACAUUUACCUGGCAGCCCCGUUCAGCAUGUUCCCAGUCAGGACCAUCAUUUAAAUACUGGGCAUCAGCUCACCAGCCAGAGCGGGCCUUCACACGGGUCUCUGCUCUCAAUGCUCGGUUAUGUACCACAUAAUGUUGGGACUGACUUUUUACCGCACCACCAAGCUCCUCAGCACGCCACCGCAGAACAACACCAUAUCGAUAACCAACACGCGUCGACUAGCGAACACGGAUCUGUUCUAGCUCAACAGUCAGCUGCUGGACACAUGUCUUUACAGGCUGUUCAUGGCUUUCUUCCUAUCAAUGUGAUGCAUGGCAGUCACACCAUCCAGAGUCACCAGGCUAGUUCGGCCGGAAGUGGAAGUGAUCCACAGCCAUGCAGAGCUACGCCCCAGUAUAGAGCCGCGUACCCUAUGGCGGAUCAGUACUGCCUGGCUAAAUGUCGACAAGGGCAAUGUCCGCCCACCCAGUACUGUCUAGACUCGUGUAGACAUUGAAAGUCAUCUUAUCUCCUCUUUUCCCCUAUCCCUUCCGACAAUCUGUCUCAAAUAGCAACUGGCGCUAAAAUCAACAGGCAAUAGUAUUGCCUGUUGUUAAUCUCUUUUGCAAUCUUAUUUCAUUGUGACGUAUUGAUCAAAUUUAAUCGAAAUUCACAAAAGGGAAGAAUGAUGUAUAACCUUUGUGACAUUUUUUCUGAUUGGAAAUUAAAAAUACAUUUCGAUACGCGAUUAACUUUCCUUGCGAAAACCAAGACCCUUGUAAAGACUUUGUGUUUUUUUCGGACUUAUUUCAAUAUAGUAAGUCGCGAUCAUUUUGAUUUCGAAAAUAGGCAUGGACCGAACAUAUAGUUCAUACGUCACGUGGUUUACAUCCGGUAUAACAGUUAUUUUUCGCGAGAUAGGAAUGUUUUUUAUUUAAUUUCAAGUGUUAACAUAAUCUGCGGAUUCUAAAUCCGUACUCCUCCUCCUGUCGCGUAUCAUUUACCGUCGUGUAUCAUUUACCGUCGUGUAUCAUUUACCGUCGUGAAUCAUUUACCGUCGUGUAUCAUUUACCGUCGUGAAUCGGUCAACAGAGCAGCACGAAGAAAACAGAGGGCGAAUUGGUCAGGAUGGAAUAGUGUAAAGGCUUCUUUGAAAACACUAUGUAGUAGUUUGUCAAUUUAUGUGUAAGUCUUUGAUUUCAUUCAGGGUUCAUAUUUUUACAGAAGUAAUAGCAAAUGUUUUCAAUCGCGUCCGGUCAGUACAUUCCAUCCAUUUUAGUGGUAUUAAUUUGAUGUUUACAUUUGUAUUUAUUUAUUAAUUGGAGACAGUCUAAUGGUAUGAGAAUGACAGUUACUGGUCUGCAUAUGGCUGGUAUAUAUGGUAUUAUACCAUUCACUAGGCAACCAGUCACCCGUAUCCCAAUUAUAUGACAACAAUAUUGUAUAUAUCUUAAUCAUAUCCUCUCAUUGUAACAUGUUACGUCAGAGUAGGUGUCCUGUACAGACGAGUGUGUGGUAGUACUAUCACAGCAUAUAACAGACCAAUCACGUGACACUAUACAAUAAUAAAUGGAAUGCUAACAUACCGUAUGACCUUGUAUGUUUGAGUGUGUGGUAGUUCUAUCACAGUAUAUAUCAGACCAAUCACGUGACACUAUACAAUAAUAAAUGAAGUGCUUACAUACCGUAUCACCUUGUAUGUUUGAGUGUGUGGUAGUACUAUCACAAUAUAUAACAGACCAAUCACGUGAUACUAUACAAUAAUAAAUGAAGUGCUAACAUACCGUAUCACCUUGUAUGUUUGAGUGUGUGGUAGUAUAUCACAGUAUAUAACAGACUAAUCACGUGACACUAUACAAUAAUAAAUGAAGUGCUAACAUACUUUAUGACCUUGUAUGUUUGAGUGUGUGAAGUUUAUGUCCAGUUAAUGUUUUUUUGUACAAGUUGGAUUUAUUUAUAAUAAAACACGUC